GGGCCGGGCCUCUGACCCGCGCAGGCGCAGAAGCGCGCUCCCAACUCCGGUUUCAUGGAUUCCCAGUCCAGCUGCGUGGUGGUGACUGGUUUCGGGCCCUUCCGGCAGCACCUGGUGAAUUCCAGCUGGGAAGCAGUAAAGGAACUCUCCAAGCUGGGUCUGGGGCGUGACAUGGAGGUGGAGCUGCGGAUUCUUCAACUGCCAGUGGAUUACAGAGAGGUGAAGCAGAGGGUCACCAGAAUCUGGGAGGAUCUUCAACCGCAACUCGUUGUGCAUGUGGGCGUGGACCCCGCCGCCAAGGCCAUCUUUCUGGAACAGUGCGGCAAGAACUGCGGCUACAGGGACGCCGACAUCCGGGGCUUCCACCCUGAGUGUGGCGUGUGCCUUCCGGAUGGCCCGGAAGUGAUCGCUUCGGGAGUCAGCAUGAGGGCAGUCAGCAGGCGCGCGGUGGUCGAGGGCGUGGAGGUGGCCUUUUCCCGUGACGCAGGCAGGUAUGUCUGCGAUUACACCUACUACCUGUCUUUGCAUCAUGGAGAUGGGUGCGCGGCGCUCGUCCAUGUCCCUCCAUUAUCUCCUUCGCUUCCGGCUAGCCUGCUGGGAAAAGCCCUGCAAGUUAUCAUCCAGGAAAUGCUGGAGGAGACUGAGAAAGCCAGGUCUCAACGCUUGGUUCACAGGAAACUCAGCCUUUGCGAUUCCAGACAGGGGGAACCAACUGGGAGACUGCUCCUUUAGAGAAAAUUAAAUGUUUCAGUCCUGUAUGCAGAGUUCAACUGUGCUUUGAGAGGCUUUUAAAAAUUUGCUUGUAAAACAGUUUACACAGAGGAAAAAAGUUCUGAAUUAGCCCAAUGAAAUCACAAAGGGUUAUUUUAUUGUCAGAAGAAAGAACACUCUGAAAGGCAGACAUUUCACAAGGGCUUAACUAGCUUCAGUUAUGGUUUUCCGGACAAUAAAGUGAAAUGCUAGUAAUUUUUUUCCUCUUAAAAGUCUAUGCAGCAGGCCUGUGUGAUCCUGCCCAGAUUUCUGGGACCCCAGACCUGUUCUGCAAGCCCCGUGUGGUGGGAUGACCUGCGACUGGCCAACCAUGGGAAACGCAGGUGCAGCUGCUACUCGGGCACCCCACUCUGGGCCUCCAAGCUUGUGCAUCCAGGUGCUGUGGGCAGCCUCUGAGCCACUGAGUCUUUAGUGUUUGGUUUCUUCUGUUUUAACUUUAUUGAAAAAUUAUUGUAAAAUACACAUAACAUAAAAUU